AACUGGAGGCGACGGGCUUCAUCUGGUUUUGGUCCAGUUUUCACCGACAGUAGAGUCGUCAGACGCCGUCGGGUACUUUUUACUUUUUACAGAAAGGAUAAAGAAAAUAAAAGAUGAGUCUGUGGGACUGAGUUCAUCAGCGGCUGCAGCAGAAAGGCUUUUAUUGUGAAAUUUCAUUUCCAACAUGAAAGCCCUGCAGAUGUAAACGAUGGGGGACUGGAACUUCCUUGGAGGGAUCUUGGAGGAGGUUCACAUCCACUCCACCAUGGUCGGCAAGAUCUGGCUGACCAUCCUCUUCAUCUUCCGGAUGCUGGUGCUGGGCGUCGCCGCGGAGGACGUGUGGAACGAUGAGCAGACGGACUUCAUCUGCAACACGGAUCAGCCCGGCUGCCGAAACGUCUGCUACGACCAGGCCUUCCCCAUUUCCCUCAUCAGGUACUGGGUGCUGCAGGUCAUCUUCGUGUCCUCGCCCUCCCUGGUGUACAUGGGCCACGCCAUCUACCAGCUCCGGGCCCUGGAGAAGGAGCGCCACUGCAAGAAGGUGGCUCUGCGUCGGGAGCUGGAGGCGGUGGACGUGGAUCUGGCCGAGGCGAGGAGGAGGAUCGAGAAGGAGAUGAGGCAGCUGGAGCAGGGGAAGCUGAACAAGGCCCCGCUCAGAGGAUCUCUGUUGUGCACCUACGUGGCCCACAUAGUCACCCGCUCUGUGGUGGAGGUCAGCUUCAUGACGGGUCAGUACAUCCUGUAUGGACACCGGCUGAGCCCGCUCUACAAGUGUGAAAGGGAACCGUGCCCAAACGUGGUGGACUGCUUUGUGUCCAGGCCCACAGAGAAGUCCGUGUUCAUGAUGUUCAUGCAAGGCAUCGCCUGCAUCUCCCUCUUUCUCAGCCUCCUGGAGAUCAUGCACCUGGGCUACAAGAAGCUCAAGAAGGGCCUCCUGGACUACUACCCACACCUGAAGGACGACCUCGAUGACUACUACGUCAACAAGUCCAAGAAGAACUCUGUCGUUCAUCAGGUUUGCACUGGAACCUCGGUGGGACGCAAGACCACCAUCCCCACAGCACCCAGUGGAUACAUGUUGCUGCUGGAUAAGCAGGGCAACGGACCCAACUUCCCUCUCCUCAAUGCCUCCUCGGCCUUCAUCCCAAUACAAGGAGACCCUGGUGCAAAGUCAGACAGCCACAAGGACGGCAAGGAGGGAGUGCCGAGCCCCACGGAGCAGAACAGCAACUCCAACAACACCAGCAGUGAGACGCGUUCACCUCCUGCGGACAAACAGGAGGAACCGGAGGAACCAUCUCCACAUCGUGACGACCUGGAGUGUGCACGCUCCGAGUAUCCCACCCUCCCUGUAGCAGACGCCUCCUCCUGCCCUACACUGUCAGGGAUUGCGAGGAAGACUCGGAGGGUCAGUCCGCCGUGGAACUGCUCCACGGUGGUGGAGGGGAACGGCUCGGACAGCGGCGACUCCUACCACGGCCACGGCAGCAGCAUGAAGCUGCGCGGCAGCCACGUGGGCCCCCGAGCCAGGAUGCUCUCCAAGGCGGACGUUAAGAGAACGAGCAGGUCUCAGAGUCCGGACUCUGCAGGGGAGCUGAGCUCGGUGUCCCGGCACAGCCGCGAGAGCAACAGCCCCACGGCCUCCCCCACAAACCGCAGGGUGUCGGUGGCGAGCAGUGCCAGCAGCAGGCGAGCUCCGACUGACCUGCAGAUAUAAACGGACCUACAGCUGUGGAUCGUGGCCUGUAUAUAAAGAUGGACGCCAUGACAGUUUCUUCCAAAGUGAAGCCAAAACACAUUGAUGGCCCCCUGGUGGCUGGCUUAGUUUAAUUUUUCUAAAGAUAGUUUCAGGUAUUCUACGUAGAUCUUACUAAGUGUUUUUUACAUGAAGUUUGUUUUUAAUUCGUUAUUUGAUGCGAUAAAACAUCAUGAUUGACAGCUGACACUGGCUCCUGAUUGGUCGAGAAUGCGUAUUGGCAGGACCUCGAUACCGCGGCUCCACACCCUGAUCUCUACUCCGCAGGUUCCAGCUUCACAAUAAGUCAAACGUGCAAGAGGGCGGCUCCCUUAUCUAGGAUAUUUUUUGGAAAUGAAGACGUGUCGUCCAUCUUGAUUUACAGUCUCUGCUUUGGAUGCAACAGAAACUCAAAGAUGUGUUCGGGUGUCAGAUCAGAUUGUGUCACUGAAAACAAAGAGGAGCAAACUGGAAAAGGUUCCCAGGCCACAGUGCACCGAUUUGUUUAUUUUCACAUUAUGCAGAGCGGGUACGUGCAUCAGACAGAUUUUAAUGAUCUGGUUGGAUGGAACAUCAGUGGGAUGGAAAACUGAACCACAGAUCUAUAAAGUUGUUUCAGGCCACAACACAGUUAUGCAACCGGAUACUUUUAAAUCAGUGACACUGAAUUAAUCCAGCGUCUGUUCCAACAUAUUUGACAGUGAUCCAGCUAAAAGUACACAAUGGAAAACCUCUCUCCUGCUCAAUAGUGUGAACUAAAUAAAGCUUCUUAAAUGUGCUGUCAUCCAUCAGACCUCUAAUUCUUAUCGGGCACAUGAGCAGCGACCUGUAAAUUAUUGCUUUUUCU